AUGGGUAGCACAGGAAACAUCUUUGAUGAGUCUGAAGAACGUGAGCUGUGUCUUCCAUCAUGCCAUGAUUCGAUGAAGCCAUUCACUGGUCAGACAUUUGACACAUUAGCAAAAGGUGUCAAGUUCUACAAGGAUUAUGCAAAAGCAAGUGGAUUCCAGCCUCGUAUGAGCACUGUUAUCUAUGCCGAUGAUGGCACCGUCAAGACCAGAUAUGUUGUUUGUAAUAGACAAGGAGUCUGGGACAGAGCCUAUCAACCAAUCAUAUGUGGAAAGGGUUCAAAGACAAAGAAAAGAAAGACGACAUCAUGCAAGGCUGAUUGUAGGGCUAAGGCAAUUUUUCAAAUUUCAACAGGUGGCUUCUACAGGAUUCGUGAAUUCAGCGAAGGCCACACACAUUCAAUGGUCCCUGCACCUGCACGUCAUCUUAUGGCUUGCAAUAGGAAGAUUGAUGACAUUCAUGAAAUGAUCAUUAUUUCCGGUAUCAAGGCAAACAUAGGCCCCAUGCGAACUUUUCGGCUGUUCAGGGAGAUUGUAGGCAAUUACGAGGAUAUGGGGUGCACUAGCAUGGAUUUUAAGAAUUAUGUUAGAGAUCUGAAGGUGUACUCCUUAGGGUCUGAUGCACAUAUGUUGUUGGAGGCGUUUACCAACAAACAAGAUCUCGGAACUGGAUUUAAAUUUUUCCAUGAUGUAGACGAGGAAAAUCAACUGCGUCGACUGAUCUGGAUAGAUGCAGUAGCUGUUAAAAAUUACAAAUUAUUUGGAGAGGCUGUAUCCUUUGACGCCACUUACAACACCAACAGGUACAAAAUGAUUUUCACCCCCUUCACAGGGAGAGAUAACCAUGGAAGGUGCAUUUCGUUUGGCGCAGCUAUAAUAUCUAAUGAAGACACUGAGUCCUAUGCCUGGGUGUUUGAUAAAUUCGUUGAGAUCAUGGGACGUGCUCCUGGGGUCUUGAUAACAGACCAAGACCCUGCUGUCAAGAAAGCAGUUGCAUCUUCCUGGAAAGAAACACGCCAUAGUGCACUUGAUUCUCAGCGACAUACCUACCAGAAAAUGACCCUAUCUGAUGAGACUCGCGUCCCAAAGAUGAUGUCCAAUCUACCGAUUGAAGAGCACUCCGCAUCUAUUUUUACCAAUGCUGUGUUCAAAGAAGUGCAAGACGAGAUAGAUCACUCAAUCAGAGGGUGUGGAAUGCGCAAGAUGUAUGAGGAAGGAGGUGACACCAUUUAUGUGGUUGAUGAUAAUAUUGAUGGCAACUUAACAGUUCGACAUAUCCAUUCCCAAGAACACAUUUCAUGUUCCUGCAACCUGUUCAUUCGCAGAGGUACCAUUUGCAAGCAUAUGUUUUUUGUAUUCCGGAAUCUGAAAAUUGAUAAGAUCCCGGACAAAUACAUUGUGAAAAGGUGGUGCAAGUUUAGUAUUCUAUGUCCGGAGGAGUCACGAACUGAGGAUACGAACAGAACCUCUCAUGAGUCAACCAAAGGCGAUUUUCGUUUCUACAAGGUGCUUAGUGACUGCAUAUCAUUCGUCAAAGGCAACCAAGAGUUGAGUGAACAGCUGUAUUCCAGUCUCAUCUCCGUCAGAGAUAAGUUUGCUGAGGUUGGGACGAAAGAGUCCGCUGCCAACUCAAAGAAAAGGACGUUCUUGGAAUUCUAUGGUUCUGCACCAACAGAAUCACCCUCUGUCCUCCCACCCAACAUAUCCAAGAUGAAAGGUAGUGGCGUUGGUGGACGUAGGAAAUCCGAUCAAGAAAAGGCCAUGAUACUUGCACAGAAACCAUUGCGGCUAUGUAGAAAGUGUCAAACUAAGGGGCAUCAUGAUUCCAGAAAUUGCCCAACUAAAUUCGCUCCAAACUUGUAA